CAUGCAUUGCAAUCCAACUUUGGAAAAAUCAGAAAUGGCCGAGGCUCAAAAAUUCCGUGAUAAAAAGAUGCGCAAAAUUCGAACAUCGAAUGGUUACUCCAAUCAGAUAAAUCAAGAUAGAAUUGACAGAAUUAAAUGCAUGGAAGACAUCAUACAAGAUCUGGAAUGCCAUGGACCAGCUGGUUUAAUACAUAUUUGUGUCUUAAGUGAUAUAAUUGGAAAACCCAUUAGGGUAUGGAACGCUGAUGGUAGUUUAAACAGCAUCAUCGGGAAGCGAAAAACAGGAGAGCCCAUAGAUGUCGAGUAUCACAAAACAGAUUCCGAACAGAUAGGUCAGUUGUUAGAUCCCCUUAACUCCCAUCCUAUCCACUUCCUUAAUUCCUCUCUAGGCCAUUGGACCCUGAAAUGCGGGAAAGAUCCCGAUAAUGUCUCCAUAGAUUUAAAUAGCUGUCUCUUUUCGGUGAUCGGCUCUCAGAUCGGGGAAAGUCCAUCGAAACUUCGUAAAUGGACGGUGUUGAAGCUAAAGAGCCACUUUCGAAAAGGAAGAUUGGCCGAUCGAAUAGACAAGAUCCUGAAAUUAGAGAAAAAUGGCAAGAUAAUCCUGUUGAUCGGUGGAGCUCGCUAUUGCGGCACCUCGCCCGAUCAUGCCGGGGUAAUUCUUGACCAAUCGGAGGGUAGACUCGCACACGGACAUGGGAAUCCUGGCCAUCCCAGAGGACACGCUGUGCAUCCGUCGCCCCCUAAUGUCCAGACCUAUUCUCAAAGAGGAUGGAAGACAGCUUUUUUAUCGCGAGAUGACCAAAAUUAUGUUGUCCAUUUGGCCUUGACCACACAACAAGCUAAGGCUGCGAUGGAUAGGCUCAACAGAGGUGCGACAUCAGAAGCGAUAGAUGUGUUGCCUUCAGAGAUGAAUCAUUCGGAAAGUUUCCCCAGGGGAAGAGAAUUUGAAGGUGGAAUAGCGACGAGUAAUGAAAAAAGAAUUAGAAGUGUGUUUUUGCUGUUGAGACACCACUCAAGUCAGUAUAAUAAUCCAGAUGCGGAUGUUUUCGUGCAAACCUGUUACCCUAGACUGAAUUAA